AUGGUGCAGCUGAGCUGCGAUUUCGAGGUCGACACUUGCGUCUGGAACGACACCGCGCCGGACGGGUACUCUUGGACCCGCACGAACGGCAGCACGCCAUCAUUAAACACAGGCCCGAGCGGCAACCACUCCACUGGCUCGGGCUACUACAUCUUCACCGAGGCUUCAGGUAGCCGCUCCAACAAGCUGCACCAGCUCAAGAGCCCGCUCUUCUCGCUCGAGCAAGACGCCACCCUCUCCUUCGCCUACCACAUGUACGGCUCGAGCAUGGGCACCCUCUCCUUCGAGGCCUACGACAACGAGACGGGCUGGUCGACGCUCUGGAGCAGGUCGGGCGACAAGGGCAACGACUGGCUCGACGCGGCAGUCGUCCUGCCCGCCUCGGCGACGCAAGCGAGCAAUGGGUUCAGCUUUACACGCACAUAUCCAAACGGCUACUGCGACGACAUGGCCGAACUCGAGCUGGGAGCAUCCUUUCCAGCUGGGUACUACGAGCACGUCAUGGAGUGGAGCGCAUCGGGGGGUUCGUUGCAGGGGUGCUCAGCAUUCGUUGUUCGAACGGCUGACACUUCCUGCAACGGUUGCAGCUGGGCCGGGACGAACACGGCGUUCGAUAUCGAAGGGAACAGCCAGUCGGAGACCGUGAGCUCAUCGGGAGCUCUUGCGCUCGACGCGUUCGAUCGCUUCUUUUUUGCGCACACCUGCUGGGGCUAUGGCACCAUCACUCUGCUCGACGUCUGGCACAGCGUCUGA